ACCUCAGGCAGCAGGCAGCUUGGGCCAUGGCCUCCGACCUGGACUUCUCCCCUCCCGAGGUGCCUGAGCCCACUUUCCUGGAGAACCUGCUGCGGUACGGACUCUUCCUGGGGGCCAUCUUCCAACUCAUCUGUGUGCUGGCCAUCAUCGUCCCCAUUCCCAAGUCCCACGAGGCGGACGCAGAGCCAUCUGAGCCCAGAAGUGCGGAGGUAACGAGGAAGCCCAAAGCUACUCUUCCUUCUGCGAACAAGAGGCCCAAGAAGGAGACUAAGAAGAAGCGGUAGAAGAGGAGGCUGUGACGCCAGGAGGGCGGGGCAAGGCCUUGGGGACAGACCUUCUGGGACCCAGCAUCCUGUUCCCUCUCUCUGUCC